CGCCAGACCCGAGCUGUUCCAUCGGCGGAGUAAAGAUGGCUGACCAAGGCGCCGCAGAUCCUGGAAAUAACAACAAUAAUAAACCUGAGUCAUCGGAAGGAACUAUAAUUAAAGUCACAGUAAAAACCCCGAAAGACAAAGAGGAAAUCGCCAUCGCAGAAGAUGCUUCAGUCACUCAGUUUAAAGAGGAGAUCUCGAGGAGGUUCAAAGCCAAACAGGACCAGUUGGUUCUGAUUUUUGCAGGGAAGAUCUUGAAGGAUGGUGACAGCCUCAGCCAACACGGCAUCAAGGACGGCCUGACGGUUCAUCUAGUCAUAAAGACAGCACACAAGGCAGGAGAUGGCGGUAGCACCUCAGCCUCCAGCUCAACCUCCCCUCAAGCAGGCAAUACCUCCACCUCCAGUCCAGGUACCAAUCCCUCCACCACAGCAGGCUCCACUGGCACUGCCCCCCCUCCCACACAGACGCCAAACAUACUGACUGGCUUCGGCGACCUGGCUGGUCUUGCAGGAAUGGGAAUGGGCUCGGCUAACUUCAUGGAGUUGCAGCAGCAGAUGCAGAGGCAGCUUAUGUCCAACCCAGAGAUGCUCUCUCAGAUCAUGGAGAACCCGCUGGUGCAGAACAUGAUGUCCAACCCAGACCUGAUGAGACAGAUGAUUAUGGCGAACCCGCAGAUGCAGCAGCUAAUGGAACGUAACCCUGAGAUCUCCCACAUGCUCAACAACCCUGAACUCAUGAGACAGACCAUGGAGCUGGCCAGAAACCCGGCCAUGAUGCAGGAAAUGAUGCGUAACCAGGACAGAGCCCUGAGCAACUUGGAGAGCAUCCCAGGAGGUUACAAUGCUCUGCGGAGGAUGUACACAGACAUCCAGGAACCCAUGUUUAGCGCUGCCAGGGAACAGUUUGGUAGCAACCCAUUCUCAGCUCUGGGUGGGAACUCUGAGUCUGGUGCUCAGCCGUCACGAACAGAGAAUCGGGAGCCCUUACCAAAUCCUUGGGGGCCACCAAAUUCUUCUAGCUCUACUGACAGUGGAGGAGCCACUACAGGGAGCACGAGCACCACGGGCGGCACCACCCCCAGUGUGUCCAACCCUCUGGGCAUCAAUCCUGGCAGUCUGGGUAAUGGGAUGUUCAACAGUCCAGGCAUGCAAAGUCUACUCCAGCAGAUCUCAGAAAACCCUCAGCUGAUGCAGAACAUGCUGUCUGCUCCUUACAUGCGCAGUAUGAUGCAGUCACUGGCUCAAAACCCAGAAUUGGCCUCCCAGGUUUUGAUGAACAACCCUCUGUUUGCUGGAAACCCACAGCUGCAGGAACAAUUCAGAGCUCAGUUACCCAUCUUCCUGCAGCAGAUGCAGAACCCAGAAGCCCUGUCAGUGAUGACCAACCCCCGGGCCAUGCAGGCUCUAAUGCAGAUCCAACAGGGUCUACAGACGCUGCAGACAGAAGCGCCAGGCCUCAUGCCCAGUUUGAUGUCAGGUGGAAUCCCUGGCAUUCCCACAGGAGGUAGUCUGCCCACAGAGAACCCGGCGUCCUCACCCAGCAGUGCAGGAACAAACUCCGCCCAGCAGCAGCUGAUGCAACAGAUGCUCCAGAUGUUUGCUGGUGGAGCAGCCGAUGGAAGUGCAAUGACCCAGACCCCGGAGGUGCGGUUCCAGUCCCAGCUGGAUCAGCUGAACGCCAUGGGCUUCAUCAACCGUGAGGCCAACCUGCAGGCCCUCAUCGCUACUGGAGGAGACAUCAAUGCCGCCAUUGAGAGACUGCUGGGCUCACAGCCCUCGUAAAGACAUACAGUACAUCCUGACACACAGACACGUGCAUACACACCCUGACUCAUCAACACGCCCAGCAUCGAGAGAAUAACAAGACAAAUUAAAUCGUAUCGUCCCAAACUUACUGAAGAAACUUGGGCAGAAUCUCAUUCUACAUCUGUUUUCAGAUCACCCCCCCGUCCCCAAAUGUCUCCUUUUUUUGCACCAUCCCUCAGAUCUCUGACCCAGAGUGCUGCUGUAGAGUCGAACUGAACCACUCUCACCUCGAGGGGUGUUCUGGUGCAGAGAAAAGAAGUGAAUACAUCUCCUGAAAAGGGAUUCCCAACCAUUUCUUCUGUCUUUUUUUUUUCCCUUCACAUUCAACUGGAGUCUAGUGUUGCAGACAGACAUGUACAUGAUGCAGAUUAAAUUCAGGUGACGUGAUUGACUGUUGGCUCUGUUUCAUACAUGACAGUAUGUUAGCAUUUAUUAGUACAGGUCAGUUUGUUAGCAGCUCAUUACAUGAAAGUUCUGUGGUCUACCAACAGUAAUCCUGAACAGGAAGAUCUCUGCCUGUACAGACUUUUAAUCUCAUUCCUCCUUUUUAUGCUUUUCAACCUUAAACAGGUAAACUGGUUUCCCCCAACAACUUUCACUAUUUAUUGCAAGCUCUUAAGAAAACACCCUCGCCCUAACCCUGAAAUUCGUCAUUCCAGACAAAAGUGCCCAUCUGUAGGUGCACAGUGUUUUUCCUCCUGAGGCACCACUGCUGUGCCUUCGGUCCUUCCCUGCCCAAUCAGAGCAUCGUUUGAUAAAUUACAACUACCUUUGGAUCAGUUAAUUAGUAGCCCUAAUAAAUUCUCACAGCAUUAUCAGGAAGUGUAACCGUUAUCAAAUGUCACAUCCUAAUGGCUCUGACAGAAAAAGGACGCUGUUAAAAUGAACAUAAAUGACACAAACAAGCUAUCCUUUUUUUUAAAUCUGAUUCUUCUUUUAUUCUAUUUUCUUGUUUUGAGGUGCAGUUAGUACCUAGAGAUAAUUCUGAUUUGUCUCACAUAAAAUAAAGGUGAAAUCAAAGUGAGUAAAGGAAUAAAUCAUAAAAGGCUUUACAAACAAUUGUGGUGUGGUGACACCAUAUGUUUCUAAAAUCAAGUUAUAGGUUGUCUUUUUUUUUCUUUUGAAAAUCUCAGCAUUGUAGUUGUGGUAACCUUGGCAACUGCUUCUAUAGCUUUGCUUUGUCUGUUGACCUCAGCUGAAAGAAAAAUCCAUCUCCCAAUUGAACAUGUUGAAACUAACUUUUAACAGUACUGUACUAAAAAAAUAAAACAUGGUCAAAAAAGUC